AUGGCCGACCAGGACGAUGGACAACCAAAAAACUAUUAUGAGAGAAUUCAAUUGCAGAACUUUAAGUUCCAAAUGUUUCGAAGGUUUGGCUGGUCAAUGAAAUGGGAUAAACAAUACAUAAAGGAUAACCGGAAGUUUUGGACGCGAGUUGAUCUGCCUAGGGUCGGCCCCCCACCCAUCUUCGGUGAAAGGCCUGUAGACUGGGCUCAGAGACGAUAUCACAACCCUUCGGCAAUAUCAUCAGCGAAGCCAGAUAUAGAGGACCCACGACACGAUAAUGAUCCGACCGCUAAUAAGGCGAGAGAUGCAUUGCAAAAUGCCAAACAUUACUUUGGUUCAUCUCUGUUCCGUUACCAGAAGGUCUUAGGCUUCGGAGGUCUGGGACUGGCACUUCACUACAGGUAUGAUGGUGAAGGGACCCCUAAAGACGUCGCCGUAAAACUCUCUCUCGCGUCGUGGGAAUCAGACGAUUUACGGAAGGAAGGAAGAGCCAUGGAAGCGAUGUUGGGAGCAGUGCAUGCCGUUCAGCUGGUACACCCACAGGAGGUCGGUAGACAGCCACUGGCUCCAUUCUUUCUGAAACCAACAGUAGACGACUCUUCCGACGAAGAAGAUUCCAGUGGCGAUGAAAGCAUUGAUCAACCACACCGUCCUCCAAGAGUUCCCCGUCAUUUUAGGUCCGCAGAGGAACAUCAAGCGCGGAGGCAAAACUACAACAAUCGCUAUAGAACGUGGUAUUACCGUAAUGCUGCAUUGGAGGCUAGGAAUGAUUACCUACUCCUCGAGUAUAUCGAGGGAGGUGAUCUCCGGAUGCUGAUUAAUAGAAUAUCGGAGGCAACCCCAGGACCUGGAGGACCGGGAGGGGUCACACCAAUCCCUAAUAGAAUACUUUGGGCAUUAUGGCUUUGCUUGGUACGGGCCUGUGUAGGGCUGAAAUACCCUCCCCGUAAAUUCCAUCCCCAGCGGUUUGACAGGGUCGACCUGAUUGAGGAUGCCCCUCCAGCUCGCAAAAGGUGGAGGGCGAAGAACUGGGUCCACUUUGAUAUCGACCCGACUAAUAUUUUUGUUGGAAAUAUUGAGCGCCCGGAAUGGGACGAGCCGGCAUCCGAAAAUGCACCUUUCACGAGACCUGUGACUCCUGGAGAGGGCUCAUCUUCUAGGGAAGAAUAUAUUCCAAAGACUGCACCUACAGCAACCAUAAAUUACUUCUCAGGAAUGCUUCGACAGUUGACCGUAAAAGUGACCCGCGGAGAAUCGUCUACGGCACAGCAAGGUAACGCUCCUGAAAGGGCAUCUCGCAAACGAAAGUAUGAUGUAUAUCAUAAAGAUAGGGCAAUAGGCGAGCAUUUAUUUGUCCCAAAACUAAAGCUCGCAGACUUUGGGCUAACGGAACACAUUAAAACUUUUAAACGAAACUAUUACUAUGUGAGGAGGCGAGCGGUUGGCAAGAGUUCAUAUCUCGCGCCUGAACAAUUCUCGGCGGAUUGGGAUACAAUUCCCGGCGACACCGAUGGGCCAGAGGCGGGAGAAAAUCCAGUGGCAGGGAGCUAUAGCGCGGCAACGAACGUAUGGGGUAUCGCAUUGACGAUGUGGAUUAUCAUAACCCAAAGACAACCACCAUCACCACCUCAACCUCAAAUACCACCCGGAGUGUAUAUACCAGGUGGGAGGCACGCAGUGAAUAUCGACGACGCACUCAGAGGAAUGAAUCCAAACCUACCGAUAUCCUACUGCCCGUUGUUAAUGGACGGACAAUUCAACAACGUCGAUGAAGACCUCAGAAGAACAAUAUAUCAAUGCAUGUACCACAACCCGAGUCAUCGCCCGACAGUUGAGGAGUUACUAGUUCAAGGACGGGUAGGGAUUCAGAAAGUUUUCCCUAACGAGACCGACGAAGUCGUCAAUCGCUGGGUUGAUAGAUUCAUACUGAGCGCACCGACCGCCUAAAGGUAGAUUUGGUAGAGGGAUUGCAUGAUAGACAUGGAACGAAC